AUGUCUCAGUCUUCCUCUGCAUCCAACUUGACUAGUGGGUUGUUUGGUUCGAGCUCGUUGAAUGAUCUCUUACGGCAUCAUCGUGAUUCAUCAAUGAGAACAACACGUAAUGGUCAUAAUUUAUUAAUUGAUGACGUUGAUGAUUUGCAAAGUGAUGAUGAAGAGGAAGAAAUACAAGCAGCGGGUAGUAGUAAUAAUAAUUCUUCAGAGAAUAAUAAUAAUAGUGGAAGAGAAAUAUCACAACAACCAUCAGCUAGUAAUGAUCAACAAGAAGGUGAUAAUAGUAAUAACAAUAACCAAACAACAACAGGACAAGAACCUCUUAAUGAGUUGGCUACAAGAUUAGCUUUGGGUCAACGAUUUUACCGAAUACGACCAUCCCGUUCUCGUAGACAUCGAAAUUUUAGUGAAGUGAAUGGAUUCCAUAUUGCUAAUGGAAGAAAUAAUAAUAUCAAAGAUGACAAUUUCAUGACACUUUCAGGAUUCCUUAUCACUAUCUAUAAUGGAGUUGAAAGAAAAAGAAGAGAUGAUGCUGGUGAAACCAUUCAAGAUGAAACCGACCACCACUUGAAUGAAACUCAAAAAAAGCAAAGACUUAGAAACCGUAUGGAUGCUAUUACAGCAGCAGUUUGUAGUGUUCCACUUAAUGUUUGCUUUGGUUUGAUAAGCUAUUAUGGGGAAAUGUCAGAAUUGAAAUGGUUUGAAUAUUUGGGAAUUUUCAUACCAAUUCUUGUUCCUCUAUUUUGUAUUUGUAUUUGGGUAACAUUUAGAACUAAGAUUAUUGAUAGAUAUUACAGAAGACAACAUGGUGAAUCAUCUAACGAUGUUGAACUUCAAGAAAGUGAUGACCCGCCAAUGUCAGUCAGAGAUAUUCUCAAUAAUUCCGAAGCAAUGAGAGCUAUUCGAAGUGGAAAUCCAACAAACAAUAACUUAUCACCUCUAAUGGUUUUAUAUUUGCAUUCCUUAAUUAGAGAACAACAAGAAUCUCAACAACAAAAUGAGGGUGAGAAUACGCCAGAUACUGGAAGAAACGCAGCAUUAGUUCACUUUUUACAAGAACUCAUGGAAUCCAGAUCUAGACCUGUUUCACAAGGUCUUACACGAGAAUAUCUUGCUACUUUACCUACACAUAUUUACAAACAUCAAGAAGGUGCUCACGCUUUAUCAGAAAGGAAUCAACAUGUGGUAGAUACUAGAAUUCCAACUCUGCUAGACACCAUCAAUAAUGAUAUCAUCCCUAAACUCGAUAGAAAGUCUUUGAAGGCUAUUAUGGAGAAUAAAAAAAGCCUAGAAUUGAGGCAUAUUAGAACAAGAGAUGAUGAACAGAAAAAACACUAUUCCGAAAUUCUGAUUAAAGUAAUUGAUUUGAUAAUUUUCAAAGCCUUGCCUGUUAAUUUUAAUUUGGAGAAAGUUCAGGAGGCUUUUUGGACACUUUACAAACUUCCUGAAGAUGAUUAUGUUGGAAACUUUCUCAGAACACUCGACAGAUUUUACAAUCAGUGGAUUCAAUCAUUCCAGAACAAACCAAAAACAAGAGAGAAUUUUGUUGCAAUUUCUGGAGUCUUCUGUUUGAGUAUCAAGCAUGGUGUUCUAUUCGAAAGUAGCGAGCUAUCGAAGAAGUACAAAAAUUUUGCUUCCAAACUGGCUCUUUUCAAUACUAAAGAAGAGAUACCACUUGUAUUGGAUCCAACCUUCUUUCCCAAGAUUAGAUAUCACUCAUCUCCAAAUAAGCCUCCUUCAUUAUGUCUUGUUGGGUAUCAGAAGGCGUAUUAUAUCAAUAAUGACCUUGAUAUGGAUAUGAGUUUUGAAGAAAAGAGAGCUAAUGAUUGUUGUGUCUUGGAUGGUUCAUCUAUUCAUGGAAGUAGAAUGAUGACUUGCACUCAGACUGUUGAGAUGGUAGUUCCAGCCAUAGAAUUGGGAUUUAAAACAGUAUUUCUAGAAUUGUCAGAGUUUAGUCCACUUUUUGACACAAUGAAUGUAACAAUCCUCAAAGAAAAAGUUAAAGAUCCAUAUGAAUUAAUUCACUCCAUCAAUCUGACUUCCUAUCCAAUCAUUGACUCUAAAAUUGGUGAUGAAAGAAUGAUAUAUUCCACAUUGAUCAAUAGAUUUAUGGAUAGUUCAGCAGAUAUGAUUAUGAAUUGA